UCAGGUGACUGAGAGAACAGGUUAUUCGUUGAGUUGUCGCUGCGAGUUCUCAGUCGAGAAUGCAAAAUAUGUUAAUCAUAGUAACAAUGGUCGCAUUUAGCGAUAUUAUUCUUCUGUGGGCAGCCCUCUGUCUUCCAGAGUACGCACAGGGAACCAAUGUUACUGCGUGGCAGGUGCCAAACUUGACUGUUACCCAGAACACAAAUGCAAGCAUCACCUGCCAUUUUUGUGCUCCAGAAAUCCAUUUUAACAAUAUAUGGAGUGGGUAUGUGCAAUGGGAAAAACAAAACAAGCCCUAUUUAACCGAGGAGAAGAAAUAUAUUAACCAGUCAAAUAAUUCACGUGUUUUACCUCUUUACUCAUUACAACUGAAUGACAGUGGGUGGUAUAGGUGUAAUGUGUUCUUCAUGAUCCCAAAGCUCUUGCAUGUAUCUGCAAACGGAACCUAUCUCACAGUGGUUGAUGAACCUGAGAUUCUGCCAGUGAAUGUAGGCCUAUGGCUUUCAGUUGGUGGUGUGCUCGUUGUUCUGCUCAUCGGAGGAAUUGCUCUGGUCUUCAGAAGAUUUAAAAGAGAUGACCAGCACAAAGAGGAAAGAACAGAAAAUGUCCCACAAGUUAUUCCUCAAGAGUUAGCAUCCGAGGGCACAGAGGAAAUUACAUACGCUGUGAUAAACAAUCAUACGUUCAACUGUAGAGAAAAUCAACAGAAAAUUCCAGAACCAGAAUGGAUGAGAAGUGGAACACAUGGACUAGAUACCACUGUGGUCUAUUCUGCCAUACAAAUAAGACAUAUGGACUAGGUCAAACAUGGGCAAUGACUGGUUCCUGCUAUCAUACAAGCAUCAUGUAGCAAAAUCAACUUUCAAAAUAAGUUAGCUGAGCAACCCUUCACCUAUUUACCAUACUAUGCAUAUAUGAGGAAUGUGUGUGUGCAUGUGUGUGCAAGCUUGUGCAUGUGGCUGCAAGUGUGUUUAUGUAUUUGUAAAAGGGGAGUAAUAAUAACAUGAUAAUAAUGGUUAAUGUCUUGGCUGUAGUGUGCUGGUGGCAUGUUGUUUUGCUAUAGCUACGGUUAGAGCAUGUUUCCUCCGCCAUCCACACCUUGUGUAAUUAAUGUGUAAACACCUGUUCAUAUAAAACUGUGAUCCCAGUGACUAAUACCCAGUCUACUUAUCCAUUCUGAAAGGAUAAAUGUUACCUAGACCAAAAGACAUGUGAACUAUAUAGCACCACAUGCUUCCAACUUUGACAACUGACUAAAGGUAAUGUGAAAGCUCUGGGUAUUUAUCUAAAAGUGUAAAUAAAGCUAUAUUUUCAAUAAUUUAAAUUCUUCAAGGUACAGACCUUUUGCUCAGCCUCUCAACCAAUUUUAUAUAGUCAGCUGGAACGGAUUUCCAACAGCCUUGGUGGAUUUCCCAUACAUUGUGAGCAUUUGUUGCUUAUCUUUGAAAAGAAUGAAGUUGGUUUUAAUCAGUCAAAACAUCAAUUAUCGGCAAAGUUGUCAUAGAGGUAAACAGUGAAGAAUAUGAAAUGUGGCCCAGGGAAAUAAUAUAUUUCUAGAAACCUUUGUCUUCUGUCAUCAUACUUUGGAUGAUGUAGGUAUUG